AGGGGGAAAGAGAAACUUGGAGACCUCCCGGAGGAGUUGUCGGAGCGACCCGGGAGCGUUGUGCCCGCCGACCCCCCGGGGCGCCGGGAGCCGUCGGUGAUCUGGAGGGGGUGCUUUAUUUUUUUCUCUUUGAUUUUGGAAAAAAAUGGCUAUGUGAUUGUCCCCAUCUUAAGGGGAAGUUGAAAGUGAAGUGGGGGGGGUGUGGGGUUGGUGCUCAAGGAGUAACGUCGCCUUGUGUGUAGAGUUAACACAUUUCCGGAGUACAGUGUAGAUCAUAUUGGCAUCUUUUCCCAAAAGUCACUUUGAUUCAACUUCGUUGAGUUUCUCGUAAAUGGCAACAUUUAGGUGGUGAGAGGCGAGAGAAAACAAGAACAAGUACCGCUGAUUUGAUCUCCAGUGGGAUAGAUUCAGUUAGCCAUAAGAAGCGUGUCUGAGUUUUAACCCAGAUCUGAACGGAAUUAAGAAGAAAGAACUUCCACAAUCAUAGCAGAUGAAGAUCCAUUGGUAAAUCGAUCAGAAUUUUGGCCUGCCCUCCAAAGAAAAGGAGCGGAAAGAAUGUCGGAGCGGGCCGUGGAUGACGUCAGGGGGGAGCCGCGCCGAGCGGCGGCGGCAGCGGGCGGAGCAGCGGCGGCGGCCGCCCGGCAGCAGCAACAGCAGCAGCCUCCGCAGCCCCAGCGACAGCCGCAGCCGCCGCCGCCGCUGCCGCGGCGCCUCCGUCCGGAGGACGGCGGCCCCGGCGCCGCCUCCACCUCGACCGCCGCCGCAAUGGCGACCGUCGGGGAGCGCAGGCCCCUGCCCAGUCCAGAAGCGAUGCUGGGACAGUCGUGGAAUCUGUGGGUCGAGGCUUCCAAACUUCCUGGGAAGGACGGGACGGAAUUGGAUGAAAGUUUCAAGGAGUUUGGGAAAAACCGCGAAGUCAUGGGGCUCUGUCGCGAAGACAUGCCAAUAUUUGGUCUGUGUCCAGCCCAUGAUGAUUUCUACUUGGUGGUGUGUAACGACUGUAAUCAGGUUGUCAAACCGCAGGCAUUUCAAUCACAUUACGAAAGAAGACAUAGCUCGUCCAGCAAGCCUUCUUCGGCCGUUCCUCCCACUUCAGUAUUUUCCUUCUUCCCUUCUCUGUCCAAAAGCAAAGGAGGCAGCGGGAGCGGAAGCAGCCGCUCUUCCGGUGGAGGUGUCUUAAGCGCAUCCUCAUUAAGUUCCAAGUUGCUGAAAUCACCCAAAGAGAAAUUCCAGCUCAGGGGGAACACCAGGCCAAUGCAUCCCAUUCAGCAAAGUAGAGUCCCCCAUGGUAGAAUCAUGACGCCCUCUGUCAAAGUGGAAAAGAUUCAUCCGAAGAUGGAUGGCACACUACUGAAAUCUGCGGUGGGGCCCACCUGUCCUGCUACUGUGAGUUCCUCAGUCAAGCCUGGCCUUAACUGCUCCUCAAUACCAAAGCCAACCUUGCCUUCACCUGGACAGAUUCUGAAUGGCAAAGGGCUUCCUGCACCAACCACUCUGGAAAAGAAGUCUGAAGAUAAUUCCAGUAACAGGAAAUUUUUAAAUAAGAGAUUAUCAGAAAGAGAGUUUGACCCUGACAUCCACUGUGGGGUCAUCGACUUCGACACCAAGAAGCCCUGCACCCGGUCUUUGACAUGCAAGACACAUUCCUUAACUCAGCGGAGGGCUGUCCAGGGUAGAAGAAAACGAUUUGAUGUGUUAUUAGCCGAGCACAAAAACAAAACCAGGGAAAAGGAAUCGAUUCGCCAUCCGGACUCUCAGCAACCAACGCAGCCUCUCAGGGACCCGCAGCCCACCCCUCCUAGACCUUCACAGGAGCCACACCAAAACUCUCACGGAGUGAUUCCUUCUGAAUCAAAGCCUUUCGUAGCUAGUAAACCUAAACCUCACACCCCCAGUCUUCCAAGGCCUCCAGGCUGCCCUGCUCAGCAAGGUGGGAGUGCCCCCAUUGACCCUCCUCCAGUCCAUGAAUCUCCACACCCUCCCCUGCCUGCCACUGAGCCAGCUUCUCGGUUAUCCAGUGAGGAGGGAGAAGGCGAUGACAAAGAAGAGUCUGUUGAAAAACUGGACUGUCAUUAUUCAGGUCAUCAUCCUCAGCCAGCAUCUUUUUGCACAUUCGGGAGCCGGCAGAUUGGAAGAGGCUAUUACGUGUUUGACUCCAGGUGGAACCGGCUUCGCUGCGCCCUCAACCUCAUGGUGGAGAAGCAUCUGAACGCGCAGCUGUGGAAGAAAAUCCCCCCGGUGCCCAGCGCCACAGCCCCCGUCUCCACACGUGUUCCUCAUCGGACGAACUCGGUGCCGACAGCACAAUGUGGGGUCGGCUGUCUGGCCACAGCCACUGUGUCGACAUCCCCCGUCCUGCUUUCGGCCACCUGCAUCUCCCCCAACAGCCGGUCGGUACCAGCUCAUGGAACCACACUGAAUGCACAGCCCGCCGCCUCCGGGGCCGUGGACCCUGUGUGCAGCAUGCAGUCCAGACAGGUGUCCUCCUCAUCCUCGUCCCCCGCCACCCCCUCUGGCCUUUCCUCAGUGCCCUCCUCCCCGAUGUCCAGGAAACCUCAGAAGUUGAAAUCCAGCAAGUCUUUAAGGCCCAAGGAGCCCUCUGGUAACAGCACUAACUGUCACAAUGCCAGUAGCAGUACCAGUGGCGGCUCAGGAAAGAAACGCAAAAACAGCUCCCCGCUGUUAGUUCACUCUUCCUCCUCCUCCUCCUCCUCCUCCUCCUCCUCCUCCGCUUCUUCUCAUUCCACGGAGUCUUUUCGCAAGAACUGUGUGGCGCACUCUGGGCCCCCCUACCCCUCCACGGUAACAUCUUCCCACGGCGUGGGCCUCAACUGUGUGGUAAAUAAGGCGAACUCGGCGAGUGUCCGGCACGACCAGUCAGGGAGGGGCCCCCCGGGGGGGAGCCCCGCUGAGUCCAUCAAGAGGAUGAGUGUGAUGGUGAACAGCAGUGACUCCACGCUUUCUCUCGGCCCAUUCAUUCACCAGUCGAGCGAGCUGCCCGUCCGCUGCCACGGCGGUUGCUCACACGCUCACACUCCCCUGGACAGACUGCUAGGAAAGAAAAGAAAGUGCUCGCCCGGCUCCGGCAGCGCCGGCAACAGUAGCGGCAAACCCACGAAGGUUGCCAGAUUGCCCGCCGCCAACAACGUGCAUGUGAAGCACGCGGGCGCCAGCCCGGGGCCCCCGGGACUGACGAACAGUUCCCUCCCUCAUCAGCCAAAGGCACGUCCCUGACAGCUGAAAAUAGCGCGGGGAGGAAUAAUCUGGACACUUUUGACGACAAGUUACACCUCCACUCAGCACUAUGGACUCCACGAUGCCUUUGAGUCUGUUUUCCCAACCUCCUGUGGGCCUCGAGGGUAGAAAUCUGCCGGGCUGUUGUUGUAACGAGGAUUUCCCUGAAGCUAUGUCUGUAGCAGUGAGUACUUGUAAAGGACACUGGAUCAAGUUCAGCCACCGAAUUGCUUCUUUCAGUGUUAACGUGGUCUGGACUGCUUGCUACCAACCUGUGAGAAGUUGUUGCUUUGUUUUUUAACUUGCGGUAAAUCAUGGAGCCACUCUUUGAGUAGAUCGGCUGGGCGAAAGAAUGUCUUGGCAAGAGCAUUACUGUAGACUUUUCUCCCUUCUUCCCCCUUCCCGUCCCAGUUCCUUUUUUAUACUGUCUUCUGUAGGUCACUCUCCAGCAGUUAGGUCCCCCAUCUGGAGACGCCUUCCAGAGGAGAGCAGAGCUGCGCCCUGAGCAACCCUCCGGAGAAGGCAUGUGCUGUUAGGUUUUUAUAGCAAUGUUCCGGGAAUGGAAUAUGGACGUUAGCGCGAGGCAUCAUGACAAAAUAGCCUGUAUUUUCCCCCAGCCUUUUGCAAGUAAUUUGGGGUAAGAAGCUGUCAAAAGUUUCUAACUUACAAACUGGUUUAAAGCCAUCGACGCCCAGAGAGCAAGUAU